CCACGCUGGGCCGAAGGGAAACAGCCAAGCGAAGAUUUUCCGCAUGAUGGGAGACUCUUGGGCCUCCGCAGCAAUCUUGAUGGCACUCAGCUGCUGGACAGAGGCACAGUGGUGGAUGCUGUCGACCUAAUCACAGUGAAGCCGACGCGUCUUGGAUGAAAUGUAACACAGGAGCUCACUGUAAUUAUGGUAUCAUUCGCUAUCGCAGCAGCAUUGUCCUUAAUUUCGAGCGCAUAAAGGCUGGCGACGACAAGCAGAACAACGGCGAAGAGCAGGGAUCGUUGAGCCAUGGUGGAGAUGGAGAAACGAGUUCGCCGGCUCCGAUGAUCGUUAUGACUGUUGACAAUCAUCGGUCACGUACAACUAUGGCUGCCCAUGGUCGUUUCUUGAUUUUCUACCACCAUGUACCCUACAGAGGACGAACAGGCUAUCAUAGAGGCAGCAGAGAAGCUGAUGAUCGACACGAUGGCCCGGUAUGACCCAUCGCACGACGCUUAUCACGUACAAAGGGUCAGAAAGACUGCGUUGGCGAUAGCCAAUACUUUGCCUGUCAAACCUGAUCUACUGGUGGUCGAAUUAGGCGCUCUUCUUCACGACGUCCUGGACAAGAAAUAUGUCUCGGCAGAACUGGCUGCUGAUCCAUACACUUUCUUUCUGCCAUUCUUCGAAACGCACAAAUCCAACAUCGAUCUGAUCUCGGACGGUCGAGCGCGUCUUAUCACUCAAGUAAUCAACAACGUAUCCUGGAGCACUGAGAAAAAGAGAAGACAAACGGGAGAAUGGUCUCGAUGGCAUGAAGAAUGUACCGAAUUGCAUUGUGUUCAGGAUGCCGAUAGACUGGACGCCAUUGGAGCAUUUGGCGUAAUGCGAUGUGCUGCGUACAAUGCUUCAGUGAACAGACCUAUACAUACGCCUCCACACGAUCCAGCGCUUGCCGAUUCCGCAAUUCAACACUUCUAUGACAAGCUAAUACACAUACAAGAGCGACUGAAAACAGAACCGGGAAGGUUGAUGGGUCAAAAGAGGCAUAAAUUGCUCUUGGACUUCCUUGCCUCAGUAGAAGACGAGUACGCAUGUAAUCUAUUAUGA